AUGGCCUCCAAUGGCGCUUCUUCGCAGCAUAGGGCAGUGGAGCAGGAGAACAGUUUGGAGAAGAUAAAGCGGCAGCUCGCGUCUGGUUCGGGCAGGAACUUGCUGCAAGGCCCUCUCCUUAAGCGAUCUGAGACUCUGAGAAAAUGGAAUGAGCGGUGGGUGACUUUGGAUCCAACUACUGGGAAAAUGGAAUACAAGACCAAGAGAAGUGAUGCAACUAUGAAGGGAUCUAUUGUCUUCGAUGCCAAUAGCACAAUUACCAUUUCCCCGGUUAACUUCCAUGGCCUUCCAAAAUACGAUGGCUGCUGUUUCUAUAUUGGCACGCCACAGAGAAAGGACUAUUUCCUUUGUGCAGAGACUCCUGGUGCAGCUAGAGCUUGGGUAACAACUUUACAGGCAUCUCAAUUGGUCCUCAAAGCCCAUAAAGAAGCUGUAAAUUCCUUGAGUGGGAAUGGAUCCGCAAAAUUAGGCACUGUUGCAACAGUAGUGGCUGCUGCAAAUUCAACAGCGCUAGAAUGCUCAAGAGAGAUUGAAGCAGCAAUGCAGAUCUCCUUGAAAAAUGCUCUUGGAAUCGUCACCAAUACACCACCUGACGAUCCAAUGGAUGACCUUGCUAUUAUGAAGGAGACGCUGAGAGUCAAGGAUGAAGAACUGCAGAAUCUGGCAAGAGACAUUCGUGCUCGUGAUUCAACAAUCAGGGACAUUGCUGAAAAGCUAAAUGAGACAGCUGAAGCUGCAGAGGCUGCAGCAUCUGCAGCACAUACAAUGGAUGAACAAAGAAGAGUGGUCUUUGCUGAGGUUGAGCGCAUCUCAAAAGCUUCACAAGUGCAGCUUGAGUCAUCCAAGUUGAAGCUGAAAGAGUACGAAGAGAAAUUAGGUGCCCUAAGUAAAGAGAGGGACACUUUGAUGAAGCAAAGAGACUCAGCUCUUGAGGAAGCGCAUCUAUGGCGUAGUGAGCUUGCAAAAGCCAGAGAGCGUGCAGUGAUAUUAGAAGGUGCUGUUGUACGAGCGGAGGAGAAGGUGAGGGUUGCAGAAGCAGAUGCUGAAGUCAGAUUAAGGGAGGCUGCUCAGAGGGAGCAAGCCGCUCUGCAGGAAAAGCAAGAGCUUCUAGCCUAUGUCAAUAUGUUGCAGGAGAAACUCCAAAGACAGCAAAUAGAUAAAAAGCAAAUUUUCGAGGAGAAGACAGAGUCUUCAGAUCCUGUGUCCCGCAGUCCCGCGCAAACCAAGGACAUGGACUUGACAGAUGAGAAUGUUGACAAAGCUUGCCUAAGCGAGUCUGGAGAGAACGUACUGGCUGUGGAUCAUCAGGCCAACCUCCGGACAAUUGGAGACACCCAGUGGAGUGAUAUUCAGGCAACUGAGUCGAGGAUAGCCGAUGUCAGAGAAAUCCGCCCUCCUGAGACUGAAACAAGCAGCCUGGAUAUUCAGGCAACCGAGUCGAGGAUAGCCGAUGUCAGAGAAAUCCCCCCUCCUGAGACUGAAACAAGCAGCCUGGAUAUCCCAGUUGUUGUAAGCACGCCUGAAACUGCAAGCAUUCAUCGCGAUUAG